GAGGAAAGUCAACAAGACUCGCUUUCGAUUCCCGGCUGCCUCAAGGCUGGAGUCCCUCCGAGGUUUCGCUCCCCGCCCGUGAGAAGAUGCUGCUGCGGCGCCUGGCGCCUGGGCCACUUCUCCGAGGGAGCUUCAUGGCGGAGCCACUCGCCCCAGAGCGGGACUAUUCCGCUUUAGCCAGCGACGCCACGUUGGGAAGGGGCUCCCCAACCGGGGAUGGGAGGCGAGGAGGGGACCCCGGCGGGCCCUGCCUCCGGAGCGCCGGCGUCUUGGGCUCUUCCCAGGCGGCCAGGAGGGUUUUGGAGGAGUGCACAUCUUCCAUCCCCGAAGCUAGAUCCAUUCUUGAUCUUGUGGAUAAUUGUCCUGUGCACGCAGAGAAGGGAAAUUUCCCUGUGAUCGUUAUUGAAGGACUGGAUGCAACAGGCAAAACGACAGUGACUAGUGCUGUGAAGGACACACUGAAUGCUGUUCUCUUGAGGACCCCUCCUCCUUGUGUCAGCCAGUGGAGAAAGGUUUUUGAUGAUAAACCAACACUCAUACGGAGAGCAUUUUAUGCACUGACUAACUACAUUGUUGCUUCUGAAAUAGCAAAAGAGUCUGUGAAGUCACCAGUGAUUGUGGAUAGAUAUUGGCACAGCACUGCUGCCUAUGCAAUUGCCACAGAAACCAGUGGGAAGGUAGAAGAUCUCCCUCCACCCCAUCAUCCGGUCUACUGCUGGCCCAAAGACUUGCUGAGGCCAGACAUUGUCUUGCUGCUGACUCUCAGCUCAGACGAAAGAAGCCGGCGAUUGCUGGGACGAGGGGUGGAGAAGACCAGGGAGGAGGCUGAGCUGGAAGAAAAUCGAUAUUUCCGUCAGAGAGUAGAGGAGGCCUACAGAAGAAUGGAGAAUCCUGGAUGCCAACCAGUUGACGCCAGUCCAUCUAGAGAAAAAGUUGUAAAAGCUGUCCUACAUCUGAUUGAAACACAAUGCGAUCUACCACAUGUAUGAUGGCACACUGAGGGAAAAGGUAACUAUAUGUCUGGCUACUCAGCAGCCAUCGAUUUACCCUAUGAUGUACUUUAAACCCUUUAAAGUAAACACUCUUGAAACUGGAUAAAGAUAACCAAGAAUAUAUUUAUUGAACAAAUGCAGUGUUAACUUCAGUCAGUAUUCUUGAAUAAUGAAUCAAAAUAAUGUAUAACAGAAACAAAACUUGAAGAUUGAGCUUAAACACACUGGAAAUAAACUCUGCAGUACAGUAGUGUCUCACUUAUCCAACAUUCACUUAUCCAACAUUCUGGAUUAUCCAAUGCAGUCUGCCUUUUAGUAAUCAAUGUUUUUGUAGUCAAUCUUUUCAAUACAUUGUGAUGUUUUGGUGCUAAAUUCGUAAAUACAGUAAUUACUCCACAACAUUGCUGUGUAUUGAACUGCUUUUCUGUCAAACAUGAUGUUUUGGUGCUUAAUUUGUAAAAUCAAUGUAAUUUGAUCUUUAAUAGGCUUUUCCUUAAUCCCUCCUUAUUAUCCAACAUAUUCACUUAUCCAACGUUCUGCCAGCCCGUUUAUGUUGGAUAAGUGAGACUCUACUGUAUUUGAAAUAAUAUGAGGUAAAAUCACUGAAAUAUGUCACUAGUAAAUUAGUACAAUUCAGAAUAUAAAUGGUAAAGCACUAAACUAUAAUGUUGUGAAAAAUAUUUUAGGCUCUGGUUACCAUUAGGUAAAUACUCUGAUCUAUAUUGGCUGAUAUCUUUACUGCUAUAAGGAUUUUGAGGUAAGGUAUAUACUCAACUAAAAUGGCUGUAAGGUUGGUGCACAAGGCUAUAAAUUCAUAUACUGUUGGCUAUGAGGUAAGUAUAAAUUAUAAUAUCAAUGAGGUAUGUACAGAACUAAAGGCUAUAAAGACUAUGAGGUAAGUACUUUUUUAGGCUUUAAUAUCUAUGUGGCAAAUACUUUCUAUGAUGUUAAAUACUCAACUAUGAGGUAAGUACUAGCUUUGAAGUAAGCACACAAAGCUAUAAUGGUAACUAUAUGGUAAUUACAGAACUAAAGGCUAAAGUAAAAUUCUCUAAUCUUUGUGGUAAGCACUCAAAGCUAUAAUGGUAAACACUUGCUAUGCUGAUGGUAAGCACUAGCUAUGGCUUUGAAGUAAAUACUUUUAAGGUUAUAAGGUAAAUACACAAAGCUAUAAUUAUAUGGUAAACAUGUGAUAAAGGAGCCCCGGUGGCAAAAUGUGUUAAAGCACUGAGCUGCUGAACUUGCAGACCGAAAGGUCCCAGGUUCAAAUCCUGGGAGCGGAGUGAGCGCCCGCUGUUGCUGCAGCUUCUGCCAACCUAGCAGUUCGAAAACAUGCCAAUGUGAGUAGAUCACUAGGUAACGCUCUGGCGGGAAGGUAACGGCACUCCAUGCAGUCAUGCUGGCCACAAAGCUAAGUAAGACAUCACAACAUGAUACCAGUAAAUGAUACUAAAUUGUAUCAUUCAGCACAAAAGAGUCAUCCCAAUGUUCCCCAGCAAGUGUGCGUUAGAGAGGAGAUACAUUCUCUCCAGCCAUAAGAAGCCUAAAGGGAAAAGGGGCAACAAGCCUUUAUGAUGUCAACCAGUUUUUAAAUACAGAAAUAAGGCUAUGAAUUACACACUAUUAAAGCUAAAACAUACAGCUCAAGAGUUUAAAAGAAAAGAAGGAAAUGAAACUAUGUAGCCACUAUUAUUUUGCAGAAUGAUAUCAUUAACUGGCUUGCGUCAAUGCUAUAUGGAGUUGUCUUUCUGCGAGUUAUUUAACCUUUUCUGUCAAGUGUUCUGGUGUCAAACUACAAAUCCCAGAAUUCCUUAGAAUGGAACCAUGUCAGUGACAUUGAACCGUUAUAAUUCUGCAUUUUGGAUAUUCCCUUUGUUGUCCUUUUUGGGGGGAGGAGGGCAGAGCAGGAUGCAGAUAUUCUUACACUUUUGUUAACAAAGAGAUGUAAAUCUCAAUUUGAAUGGAA